AUGGCCAUGGCACGAUGCAGUACUGCUGCUCUUUUCGUGAUUGUGUUUUCGGCUACUGCUCUUUCAAGCACGGUGUCCGGACAAGUAACAGGCGGAAGGCUUGUCGGAGGUGAGGCUGCUUGGAAUUCUCCGGCGUUUGAUUACCAAGCUUGGGCUGAUGGCAUAACUUUCCAUAUCGGAGAUGAAUUAAUUUUCCAGUACGACAUAGGGAUUCACAAUGUGGUUGUAGCUGAUUCUCCUGAAGCGUUUGAACAAUGUCGGAUAACCCCGAACUAUGGUGUAUAUGAUGGUGGAUUCGACAGAUUAGUCAUGAAUGAUCCCGGAACCUACUAUUUCAUGUGUGAAUAUAGUUGUCUGGACAAUAUGAAAUUUAAGGUCACUCCCAUCUAUUGA